CUGACAGACACAGACCUGCCAUCAGACAUUUUGUUGGUUCUAGAACCAAUUAGUUAAUUUGACACCAUAGAUUUAGAACACUAAUUGUUAUUAUUAGAACACUAAAUCUAUGGUUUUUAAUUAACUUAUUAGUUAUAGUACCAUUGAGAAACCAGUCCAGAUGACAUAAUCUGGACUGGUUUUGGCGUGGGAAAAUAUAAAAUGUUCUAGGCAAUGGUUACACUGACGACGAUUAUACAAAGCCUACACAAAUAAUUUUGUGUAGGCGCGAUGGCGCUCUUACUCAAUUUAUAAAUCAGCGAUUUCAGGCCCAAACAUAAAUGAUCACACACAUCUAAUCUUUCCUAACAAUCCGCUAUCUCCGCAGACAGGGGGAGGGUGUUGUGAGGUUUUGCGCUCGUGUUCUCCGACUUCGUGUGCAGCCGUGCACGAGCCCCUGUCCUUCCCUGGAUUGUUCCGGAAUGGUAGAAAACGGCCAUCAACCAGUGUAUCAUCCCGCUUUGCAUCAUUGAGUAACAAAAAAUGGAAACCUUUUGAUUUGAGCAUUUUUCUACUUUCAUCCAAUGACGAACUGACUCCACUUCCAUCAGAUGAACUGGCCUUCAUGCAGGCUGGAUUGGGAAAGAGGACGGUUUCUCUUGACCGUGAUCUAACACAUGUAGAGUUGUCAAGGCUAUUGCAGGCCACCUACCCAAAAAUGGUGGAGCUGCAGGACCGGUGGCUGCUUUACAAAGCAGGAGGUGGAAAUGGGAGGAGAAAAAUGUCCGCAAUCCCCUUGGAGGCUGAGGGCUACACUGGUGCUAUGCUCCGGAAAGUUUCAGGUGGUGGGAAAAGCACUCUUUACAUAGUGCCUCUUCAGGAUGAGUUGGACCUCUCACCACUCCCAGCAAACGCUCCAGAGUUUGCUUUGAUGCCCAAGGCCAGCUGCAAGCACUGUUUUGCAGAGAUGCCUCUCCAAAUGUUGGCUCUACAUGACUGUAAAUGUGCUAGCCACACCAGCCCAGACUUGGAGAUUAUCUCUGAUGAUGAUGACGAUGAUGUCCAAUUUCCUGAAGUUUUGCAAACUCCAGUGCCAGUGCAGAUGACUGAAGAGGACCACUGCCCUCAGCAGAAAGGGGAUGUCCAGUGUCCUAUAUGUGGCAUAUCCUUCCCAGUCCUGCUUAUCGAGGAACAUGCUAGCCAUUGUGGCCAAAGAACUGAGGACACAACCUCACCUGAGAGGGAACUCCAUCCUGAGACAGAUGAUAUCUCAUGUGAGGAAGAUGUGAUCAUGUGGCUCAAAUCAAAAGUGGAUACCAGCAAGACCUUUGAGCUCUGUGUGUCUCGAGAUAAUAUGUUUGAAAGAGGUCUGAAGUUAUGGAAGCGCAACAAAAAGGCUACACCAAUUAAUCCCUUGCGGAUCAAAUUCCUUGGAGAGGCGGGGAUUGAUACAGGGGCCCUUAGAAAAGAGUUUCUGACCACAAUGGUAUCUGGGAUUGAGCAGCGCCUUUUUGAAGGUGUGAAGUCCAAAAUGCCCAAAUAUUCUGUGAAUGACUUUGAUGAAGAGCUCUUCAGGAUUGCGGGUGAAAUCUUUGCUACAAGCAUUGCCCAAGGUGGACCUGCACCACGUUUCCUCCAGCGGUGGUGCUACAACUUUCUAGUAUCUGGCAAGCUCUCAUUGGAUCAAGUCCGGGACCCGAGCUUAUCACCGCUAAUAACAACAGUUGCAGAGGCGUCCGACAUGACUGACUACAUUGCAGACAUUAUGGAUUGUGGCUAUACUGGCAAGAUCGACAUGGAACACAAAGAGAACAUUCUAAGAGCAAUCGGUCUGCAUGUCAUGACAAAAAGAAUGCCCAUGCUUCAGCAACUCCGUGAGGGCUUGGACCUCUACGGCUUCUCCCAAGUGAUGCAGGCAAAGACGGAAGAGUGCCGCAGUCUGUUCGUCGCCGGAGACGACGAGUCGGUGGACUCUUAUUACAUCACUUCCCAUCUGGCGCCGGUGAUGAGCGAAAGGGGCUGCAACAAGCACCACAAGGAGACCCAGAUCCUUGAACACUUUCAAGACUUCCUGCACGAGCUGGAAGUUGCUGAACCAGAUGCCACGUCUGAAGACAUCACAACUGUACCCUCAGUGAUGCAGUGGAUUACGGGUCAAGCCCACAGACAUCUUCUUCUUUCUGAUCGCCAGAACUUCAAGAUCACAGUGAAGUUUGACCAUGACUGUCACAAGAUGCCUAACCACACAAUCUGUUAUCCAACAGUUAGCGCUUGCACAGACACCAUAACAUUCCCUGUUGCACACAUGUCAGACUAUGAGUCUUUCAAAAACGUCAUGACAACAGCCAUUAAAUACGGUGCAGGAUUUGAUAGAGCAUGAUGCAUUGUGUUUCAUGUGUGUAAGCCCACAUGUUAUAUCCUCGAAUAUGUCCGGAUUCCACAGGGGAGUUGUGAACUUGCAUAGCAUGGUCUUAACAUACUGUUCGUGGUAAAAUUUGACCAAUUUUAACAUUUGUGAGGGUUAAAGGUUGUAUCAGUGAUUUCAGGCCCAAACAUAAAUGAUCACAUUCAUCUAAUCUUUCCUAAUGAUCCGCUGGCUGCCCGCCCCAUAAGCAUGCUGUCAAAAAAACGAGCGCGCGUGCAUGUGUGCACAUCUCAGAGCCUAGGCUGCCUACAGAGACGUGUUUUUUGGACGGCAUGCUUAUGGGGCGGGCAGCCAGCGGAUCAUUAGGAAAGAUUAGAUUAAUGUGAUCAUUUAUGUUUGGGCCUGAAAUCACUGAUACAACCUAUAAUCUAUUGUGUUUUUAGUUGUCAUAUUGUAAGACACCCACGUUGCUUUUUGUUUAAAAUUUCAUUCACAAGAGAAAUUAACCAGAAAAAAUUGUGACAUCAGCAAACCUUGAGGAUUUUUUGGAAAUCUGUUCUUGGUGAUUUACAUUAUAAUGUAUUGUUCCAGAUAUGCUUCUGUUCGUUUGGGAAGUAUUUUAUCAUUCCUAGACUUAUGGUCUUUUGAUAGAUUUUAAAGAUCAUUAUAGUUGAUGCUACUGUGUGAGUGAGGUUCGAGUAAUGUAGUUGACUUGAAGUUAUGCCAGCACAUUUUCUGUUCUUGUGCAAGGCUGUCCUCUGACAUUCAUGUAAAAGGACAUUUUCUGUUUUCAAGGACUAUAAACCACAAUGUUACUACACAUAUUUGCCUUUUGUCUGCAAAACCAUACACAUCUUUGUUUCUAAUAGAGAAAAUGGAUAAAUAUGUAUAAUAAACCGUUUGGACCAC